GGACAUCUGCUGGAGUAGGCUUUGCAAUUCCAUCAUCAACUGUUCUUAAGAUUGUACCUCAGUUGAUCAAAUUUGGAAAAGCUGUUCGUGCUGGCUUAAAUAUUGAGGUUGCUUCCGAUCUUGUUGCUAAUCAAUUAAACGUUAGGAAAGGAGCCUUGGUGCUGCAGGUUACUGCUAAUAGUCUUGCAGCAAAGGCAGGUCUGCUUCCUACAAGAAGAGGUUUUACAGGCAAUAUAUUACUGGGUGAUAUCAUUCUUGCUGUUGAUGAGAAGCCUGUGAGUUUUUAGCGAAAUUAUUUGGUGCAAAAUAUGUAAUAGUUCUAAAGAGAAAAGUGUUAAAAUGAUCCCGUCUUUUUUUCAGGGUCAUUUUAUUCCCAGAAUAUAAAAAUCAAUUUAGUCCCUAUACAUUGAAGAGAUUUAGGAACUAAUUUGACACUUAAAAUCCAUGUAAAUGGUCUGUUUUGGCACUUUAAUUCUAAAUGUGAACUGUGGGA